CUAACAGUUACACAAAAUGACGGUGAAGGAAAUCAUGAAAAAUAAAAAAUAUGAACUUGUGCCGCCAGACGGAGGAUGGGGUUACGUAAUUUGGAUAGCUGUUAUUAUUAACGGUAUAGCGACAGCAUCUUUUGUGGGAAGUUUCGGAAUAAUAUUCAAUGAACUUUUCAUCCAAUUAGAAAUGGGAUCGACUAGUAUAACUUUAUUCAACGGAAUAAACGCCAUGUGCGUAUCUCUCUCUGGGUUUAUGACGGGCCCGUUGCUAAAAUUUAUGAGUACGCGGCAAUUGGGUAUGGUUGCCGCGCUAUUAUUUAACCUUGGUGCUUUUGGUACCGUAUUUGUUAAUUCGACAGUAUUGUUCUUCCUCUGUCAAGGACUUUUACAGAGCAUCGGAGUUGGUUUCUUAUUUAAUUUAUCAUAUUCCGUGAUAAAUGAUUAUUUUGUAAAGCGACGAUUACUAUCAAUAAGUGUUACACAAACCAUUCCAGCUAUUAUAUCACUAUUUUCUCCACAAUUAGUGAAUAUGACCAUAAGUUAUUACGGAUUCCGAGGUUCAUUUGUUCUAUUAUCUGCCAUCAAUAUGCACACAUUUGUCGCUGUUUGUCUUAUGCAACCAGUCGCGAGGCAUAUGAAGAAAAUUGAAAUACCAAACAUUGAAAAUUCUGAAAUGAAAUUACUUUUGGUCCAAGAUAAAGCAGAUGCAAAUAUUCCCUGUGUUAAAUUAUCUGAUAAAGAGAAAGAAAUAGAUAAAAACAUAGAUAAGAAUGGAGAAAAAGAUUUAGAAAUAGAUGUGGUAACAGAAAAAAGUAGAAGUAUUAGAAGCAUCAUUUUGGAAGCAAUUGAUUUCUCACUAAUGAAAACAUUUAUAAAAUCAAAUGCAUGUUUAGGUUUGGCGAUAUGUGGAUUUGCUGAUUUGACCUUUACAUUAAUGCUUCCUCAAACAUUAUACGCGAUGAAUUGGAAAGAAGAUGAAGUAGCGUGGGCUGUGUCUUUAAAUAGUCUUGGAGAUCUAGUCACUAGAAUUUUGUUUAUAAUCGGUAGCUCUUGGUUGGUUCGUUUUGAGAGUCAACAAAUUUAUCUUGUUGGUUUAUUUUUGGCUGUGACCACGAGAUUGGGAAUGCUCGGAGUUGAAAAUGUCACAACAAUUUUGACCUUCCUUACAAUAAUGGGUGCGUCUAAGUGCACUGUGCUACUACUGAUACCGCAGGUUAUUGCGGAGGCAGUGAAACCCGAACAGUUUACAUCAGCUAUGGGCAUCUUUAUGCUAGUUUUUGGAUUUAGUAAUUUAUCACUCGGGCCACUAAUCGGCGCUGUUCGUGACUUGACGGACAGCUAUCCGACUGCGAUUUACAUUAUAACUUCCUGCUUCGGAAUUGUUUUCAUAUUUUGGAUCGUUGAAAUGGUUUACAAAAAGAACAAACAUAAGAGGAAGCCAAAAACUCAAACCUCUAAAAAGGCAUUAACAUAAUCAUGACACCCCCUACAUGAGGUUAUUUGGAGAUUGUGAGACGCCAACGAUGAUUUUAUCUGAUAAAUAACUUCCCAAUAAUUUAUUCCGGACUUACAUGAACAUUGUAAAAGUUGCCUAAAAAAUUAUAUUACAAAAAAAAAAAACAAAAGCA